AUGUGUUGAUAAGAUUGUGCCUACUCAGGAAACUGAGUGACUCAGCCGUUUAUCUGUAGGCAGUGUUCAGUUGCGAAACAUCAGUGCUUUAGGGCUGCCUGCUUAGUCUAAGGUGUAAAACGUUUAGUUGGUAUUUUGUAUAAAUUAAUGUCAAUUGGGUCUUAGGUCUACAAAAUAAACCCUUGUGAUCAGAUACGCUCUGAAAAUGGCUGAUAUCUUGGGAAAUGGAAAGUAUGACAUUUUAAACGAAAUUAUUGAAAGAAUUCAUAAAGAUUGUGUGAGGAUGGAUGAAGAAGAAAAAAAAUAUCUUGUGUCAAAGUUUACAAAGGUUCUUGAAAAUUUCAUAGAAAAAAUGAGAGAUUGUGACUCAACUUUCAAUCAAAUCUUCUGCGAAAUUGGUUACACAGGAAGUUUUUAUGAUGGUGUGAGAGUUGGAGAAGCCACAGAAUUUGAUUUAAAUCUUAUUUUGAAACCCAAACUUAAAAUGCUUCCUGACAAGAAACAAUGUGAUAGAGGAUUUGUAAAAAUCAAAAUAAUUGAUGCUGCUGAUUGUGUAAAGCCUAUAAAUGAUUGGAUUGUUGGAGGAUUUCUAAACCCAGCAAAUAUGAAGAAGUGGUUGGAAGGAGUAAUUACAAAAACAUUAAAUAAAAUCUCGAAUACACUUGAUGAUUGUCAGCUUAAGCUUGUUAAAUCUGGCCCAGCUAUGACACUGAAAGUAACAUUUUACUCUCCGCCAAGAAAAGAAAUCAGCAUUGAUCUUGUACCAGUGAUUGAGUUUCCAGGUACAAUGUGGCCUCCGAUACCAGAGAAACCUAAGAAGCUUCUGAAUAAAGGGCAUGGACAACCUUGGUUUGCAGUGCCCAAGGAAGAUACCGCAUGGAGGAUGUCAUUCCAUUUACAAGAAAGAUAUAUCCUUCUGGACUUGAAAUAUUUGAAAUACACAUUGAGACUGUUGAAGAAAGUACGAGAUGAAUUGCAGAUAACGAAAGUGGCCAGUUACUACAUAAAAACUUUGUUUCUGUGGGAAGUGGAAUAUAACAGAGACUAUCGGGCUGUAUGGUCAGCUACUGGACGAGGUCGUCUUUUUAUGCAUAUGCUUGUACGCUUUAGAGAAGCUCUACGAGAAAGGAGAAUUCCGUUUUUUUUGGGAAAGAGAAAUGAAUUUGAUUGGUCACCUGAAAGAAGCUUAUAUCCAAAAUAGUUGUGACAGACUUAACAAUUUUAUCAAGCAAAUAGACAAACAUGUUGAUGAUAAAAAUGCGUAUGAACUAGAAGUCUAUAUUUGUAAGGUAUUGAACCAAAACAUCCCAGCUUCUUGUGUUGCCUCAACAUCAAACAUUCGGAAGGUUGCAAAGAGCAGUGAAGAACAAUUAUAUACUCAUCAGGAAAACAAUGAAGAUGUAGGGGAUACUGAUACCCUCUUGUGUUCUGGAAGUCUUAGAAAAUUCUCCUCCUGUGAUGUUAACAAGAAAGAUGAUGAAGAUGUAGGGGAUACUGAUACCCUCUUGUGUUCUGAUAGUCUUGGAAAAUGUUCCUCCUGUGAAGUUAACAAGCUUGUUAGUAAACUACAGAAUGACGUCAAACAGCUUGAAAAUUCCCUAAGAAAACUGGCUCAAUCGAGUAGUUUGGAAAUUGAACUAAUGAAAUCAGAAUUAAAAGAACAGAAAUUGGAAUUGUGGAAAUGGCGUCAGAUAACAUUAGACGUAAUUGCAGAGAAUCGUAUCCUUCAUAAACAAAUUAGAUCAGAAUCACAACUAGUUGGAAAAAAUGAUUCCAAUUUAUUCUGUUUGAUUCUUUAAAUGAAGUUGUGAUCCCCACCCCAAGUGUAAAAGACUGAACUGAAUCAAAAAGUCUUGUUAUUUCAAAACAAUAUCAGUAUUUUAACCUAUUAUUCUACUUGUUUUAAUUUUAAUUAAUUGGAAUUAAUUUAUAGGUUUUGUAGGCUAUGUUGAAUGCUUCAUUAAUAAUAUAACUUAUUACACCUGCAUUUGUCAACAGUGCUGUAAAUGCAUGUAUUAUUAACAAAUUUGACACUUAUUGACAAUAAUUAUUGAUAAUUGUGCAAUGUAUUAAUAGUGCAUGUAUAAAACUUUUCAAGAUAUAAUUCUUUUAACUUUUGUUUAUUAAUAAUUGUUUUUAAUUUGUUUUCAGAGAAUAAUUAUUUGUUAUUUAAUUUUGAUGGUACAUAGUAAUUAAACUAAUUAAUUACAGUAUUUACUAUUUUCAUCCAUAAAUUGUAAAAGAAAUACUGACUUAAAUUUUCUAUCAUGCAUAUAAUUCUUGUAUACUUUUAAUCACAGCUAAUUAAACUGAAAAGGAUAUCUUUGUUAAGGCUCUUCAUACAUAGUGAUAUUUGUGACAACAAAUGUGAAAAUAAUUAUGCUCGUCUUUAAAUGUUUAUGAUUACAAUGUAAUUGCCAAACAUUAAGUUCCUCAACUCACACAUGAGAAGAAAAAUAUGCUUGUUUUUAAAUAACUUGUAAAAUAACUGUCUUAUUGGAAGUUAAUUAUAUUUGUGCAUACAUCAAAUUGUGCUACUUACAAAUGCGCAUUAUGCUUGUUCGUUUGUAUAUCUUUAAAUAAUUUUUUUGUUGGAAGUUUAUCAAACAAACUGUUAAACAAAUGUUUCAACUUACAAGUUGUGAAAAAUGUUUUAAAUAUUUAAAAAAUAUUACUGUCCUACUGGAAGUUUACUGUAAAAACUAAAAUGUUUUAAAUGUCAUAGUGUACCCAAGUAUACACAAGUGGUUAUUGUGACACUUUACUUUCAUUGUGAUUGGCCAUUAUUUAAACUCACUGCUGAUAAAGAGUCCUUACCAAGAGAACAACUUUGCCACAUUAAGGUUCAAUAGUCUCUAUACAGAAUCAGAAUCAAUUUAUUGUCACCCCACUUACAAUACAUUGACAGUCUUAAAUGUCUAAGGAUCUCACACAUAGGCUACAUAAUGUACACCUAAAUUAGAAUUACAUACUUAACACUCUAGUGAAAAGUAAAAGACAAUAGUUUUGUUACUAAAUCCAGAAAACAAUUUCCCCGGAUGUUAAAGUCUAAGUGAGAGUGCUGAGUCUAAGUUGGUGUACUAUUUUAAAUGUAUGGGACUUUUAGGACCCAAAGGUUGAAUAUCUUUCUUUGUAUGUUGAAAUAUCUGUGUUUUCUCAAUACGGUCAGUUAGGUGAUGAUGUCUGGCUUCGGUUCCUUCUCCAGUGUUUGACUUAUCUUCUCUGUGUUGACAAUUGUUCUGACGUUUCUUACUUAAUAUUCAAUGGUAAAUACAUCUCUGAAGCAUCUAUUGAAAUAUUCAAUUCAAAACAGCUUUAUUCUCCUGGCAUAUACACAUAUAUACAAGAAUAGUGUCAAGAUUUAAUUCAUAUACUUACCAAAUUAGAAAAAAAAAAAAAACAAGAAUAAUAUAACAGAAAAUACGAGAUUUAUCAACAUGAAAUAGAAAAGGUUUAAAAUACAAUUAUUACAGUUGUUAAAAAGGUUACAAUUAAAACAGAUAACAUUAACAUUAAAACGGUUAAAGUAAAAAAAAAUAAAACAGCUUUCGGCAUAAACUAUUAAUUAUAGAGUACUCCACCUCCAGAAUCACCACAGGAAUUCAUUAAAGGAAUAUAUAGCCUUGUUGAUGAGAAACUUUUUAAAUUUUAUUUUAAAUUUAUUGAAUGUAGCCUCUGACUUAAUUUCAAUAGGAAGAUUCUUGUAAAAUUUUGAUCCAAUAUACUUUGGUCUCUUUUUAAAAAUUUGUAAAGUAUGGGGGCUACAUUGUUACGAUUUCUUGUGAAAUGGUUGUGAUUAUCUCCUACCAAUUCCAGUUCCUGAAGUUUGCUUUAAGUGACAAAAUAGUUUCAAAAAUAUACAUCCCAUAGAAGUCAUAUUUUUUUCUUCUUUAAAGUAUUCCAUAACAGAUGUUCUAGUAUGAAGAUUAAAAAUUAUUCUAAUUGCUUUUUUUCUGCAUUUAUAGAAUAGAAUUUAGAUUUUUUGUAGAAGUAGCACCGUAAAGUGAGAUUCCAAAAGAUAUUAUUGAGUAAAUAUAUGAAAAAUAAAUAACCUUUAAUGUUUCUUUUUCGCACAGGUUUCUCAGUGUAAUUAAUGCAUAUAAACCUGAUGAAAUUUUGGAAAGUAAUUUUUACAAUACACAAGGUAGUAUCUGGCAUUAUCAUCUUCUGCAUCACUUAGUUCAAUUUGGGUGAAGGAACACUUUUGAUAGCAUUAAUUCUUUCCUUUCUGAUCACAAGGAGCAUUUUCCAGGGUCUUCAAUCAUAUGGUGUUCUCUCAACUGUUUUUGACUUGCCUGCUGUUCAUUGGCAUAAUGGUAUAACAUGUACAGACAUAUUCAAUACUUCAAAACAGUAAUAGACACAGCAGGAAGAAUAAAGGAGCCUCUCACUGCUGUUUUCCUGGUGGUUUUUAUUACCUAUUUCUUUUAAUUGGAUCUUGACCAUUUACUUCUUGGCUCAGAGACAGCUCUUUAACUUCGCUUUGAGCCUCCAUCAGUCUUAUCUUCAGUUCUUUCUUUUUAUACUCUAGUCUUACUACUGGUUUUCUAUAAAGAUUCAAAAAAUCUUAAUACAAUUAAUCCUUGUGGGAUUAACAGUGAUUUUUAAUAUAGCCUAUGCAUACAAUAUUUUUGACAUGUCAUAUGAUUAUGCCUUGUGAGUUACUCUUCAAAUCAGAUCGCCUUUAUUGGAAUAGUUCACUCAGGUAAAUUAUCAUUCUCUUUGUGGCUCAAUGAGUUACCUUCAUGUUUGGAGGGUUUCCAUGUAGAAAUGUUCUUGUCAAAUCUACUUGCAGGAUGUUCACAACCCUCCAGUUGUAAGGGGUAACAACUGAAAUGAGCCGUCCAUAUUGGGAUCCUGUUCGUAGGUAAACUUAUCAUCUCCAGUAGUUAUCAGGGGUCUCCACUGAAAUGAGCCAAUUACGUUGAAGUCUUUCCAUCAGUAAAUCUUUUCAUCUCCAGAGUUGAAAGGGAUCUCCACUGAGGUGAGCUACGAUAGAGUCCUGUUCUCAAUAAAUUCAAUAUCUCAAUUGAGAUGAAUCAUUGGGGAAUUGUUCUUCAAUAAGUUGUCAUCUCUAGUUAUGAUAUGUCACAAUAGAGAUGAGCCAUGCAUGUUGGUGUCGUAUUUAUGAGUAAAUGUAUCUUCAUUAGUUGUGACGGGUCUCCGCUGAUGUGAGCCAGCUAGUUGGGUUCCUGUUUGUCCUUAAAUUUGUCAACUCCAGUCAUGGGGGGUCUCCAUUGAGGUGAGUCAGUUGUGAGAAGUUUUCACAGAGGUGAGCCAUCUAGGGUUGAGGUCUUUUUAUCAGUAAUUUUAUCAUCUUCAGUUGGAAAUUUUGUCUUUGACUUUCAAAAUGUGUAUUGUUUUAGUAACUGAUACAGGGUUAUAUGAAGUAUUAUAUGUUAAUAAUUAAGUGUAAUUAGAUAAUAUAUGACCUGUUUUUUUAGUUAGUUGUCUUUGUAUUUCAAAGAAUUACACUAAAUAGUAUUAUGAUUAAGAAUAUUGCUGAAAAUGUUAACUAUAAAAUAAUAUUGUAGUAAAUGACACCAAAGGGAUCAUUAUCUUAAUCAUUUGUUCCAAAAUACAAUUGUAUAGAUAAAAAUACAAAAAGGGAGCUAACAUUUCAACAACAUUUACAGAACUGUGUUAUCAAAAAUGGGAUGUAGAAUCUGAAAAUGCUUAGUUAGCCUACAGAUGUGUGAAUAAAAUUGUUAACAUUUUAUAAUGUAAAUUGAAGUUAUUAUUUAAAAAGUAUGCAUGCUGAUAUAACAGAAAAAAUAUAACAUUUGUGUUGGUGUAUUUUAACUUUUGGUUUGACUCCAGUAGUGUUGUAAAAACAAUCUACUCGUGUGCACCCAUUCAGCACAUUACAAAAACAUUUUAAACCUAAAUUAUCCUCAUUUAUUUAUUUUUAAUGUAAGAGUACACUGCAAGGGUUUAUUUAUCCAAAGUUUCACGCAAAAGUUUUUUUCUUAUAUAUAAUGGUGGAGAGUUAUCCUCCACAUUUUUAACCUCAAGUGACUCCCAAAAACGUUGAAUACCACUAAUGAUUGGUAAUAUUAAAAAGACCUCUUACUGAAAAAUGAGCAAUCAUCUUUUUUUUAUCUCAAUCAAAUAACCAUGUAACUUAACCCCUGUAAUUUAAUUUCUGAUUCUCAUUACAUUUUUGUGUAAGUAUUUGUGAAUUAUUGCUGAAGUAUAUCAUUAUUGCCCUCAUACCCCCUCAAACUUAACUAACAGAUUUGUCCUUAACUGGCGUGAUUUAAUCUACCCUCGACUGACUGUGCUUCUGCACUAACUGUAACAUACAGUACAAUAGUCAAUCCUCACGUUAAAAUCAUGUAUGAAGUGUUCAUAUCAAAUAACCAGCAUGUUACAUAAUAAUAAUAAUGGAAGAACAUUUAGUUAAAUAACAACAGAUUUUGUUCUCCUGACUUUUUUGUAUUACAACAUGUUAACGAUUGUUUAAUGCACAGUGUUAUAUGUAAUUUCCAUUUAUUACUUAUCAUCUUGACGUAACAUCAUGUGAAGUUCCUCGAUAAGUGCUACUUAAUUACAAUAAGGCUGAUUAAUAUGUACAAAUAAAAUAUGCUUAAGUUGUAUUAAACAAUAAUACAAUGUUGUACAAUUCAAUUAUAGACUCUGCAGAAAUGUUGUACUAUAGAUACAUUUUCAAGUACUUUUUCAAUCGUGUUAACCAACAGCCAUGCUGUAAUUUUAAACUAUUGCAUUUUAAUGUAUUGUUAUGCCAAAUAAAAUGAAGAAGGAAAUAAAGGCCAUUUGUACCUUCUCAA